AUAAAGUAUAGGAGAGAGAAAUAAAAAAACAAUAGGUUAAGAAUUAAACGAAGGGAAAAGCAAAGGAGCGUGCUGUGUAGUGUUAUGUCUGUUGCAAUAAAAGAAAACGAACGGUGGUGAUAGGUCUCCUUCUGUGAUCUCAAUCGUCUCCUCCUUCCUUUCUUCUCCAGCGUCCGAUUCCUUCUCCAUUCUCACCGAUCUCAUCUUAUUCUCGCGCCAAAUACAAAUUCAGAUUAGGGUUCCGCCGAUAUGUCCGAAGGUCCGGCUAGUCCAGGCGGCGGAAGCCACGAAAGCGGCGAACACAGCCCUCGCUCUAACAUCCGAGAGCAAGAUAGGUACCUUCCAAUCGCAAACAUCAGCCGCAUCAUGAAAAAAGCUCUUCCUGCCAAUGGCAAAAUUGCCAAAGAUGCUAAAGAGACAGUUCAGGAAUGCGUUUCUGAGUUCAUCAGCUUCAUCACCAGCGAGGCCUCGGAUAAGUGUCAGAGAGAGAAGAGGAAGACGAUUAACGGUGAUGAUUUGCUUUGGGCGAUGGCUACUUUAGGUUUCGAGGAUUAUAUUGAUCCUCUUAAGAUUUACCUCACAAGAUACAGAGAGAUGGAGGGUGAUACCAAGGGCUCUGCCAAGGGUGGAGACACAUCUGCCAAGAAAGAUGUUCAACAAGGUUCUAAUCCUCAGCUUGCUCAUCAAGGUUCUUUCUCACAAAGUGUUUCUUACACAAAUUCUCAGGGUCAACAUAUGAUGGUUCCUAUGCAAGGCCCAGAGUAGGUAAUAAGCCAAUUGAUCCUCUUUCAGUGGUUGUGUUUUCAAUGCUGGUAGAGCUUUAGUGAAUGCUCUCGGCAUUAUUGAAUGUAUUUUAAUGGUAUGUGAAUACCGACAUAAGACACAUUUGUUCUUGUGUCUUGAUUUUUUUUAUUUAAGGUUUGUAUAUUAUGUCUGGCGUAAAAUUAUUAUUUCUAAGUUACAUUUGUAAGUGCUGGAGUCAUGAUAGUCUGAUUCCUUCAGGCGGCUUGGCAAAUGCUGAAGAAUUUAGGCAACUGAUUGUAAGCAUAAAUUGGUCUAUUUUUUAACCUUAUUUCGGUGUACAAUAAUUGAUGUGGUUAGGGUUUUUGAAAUACAUUUGUUAGACAAUUUGGAAGUGAUGUAUCUGAAGUGUUAGAGUAAACAUGUUUAAGUGAGAUUUGAACCAA